AUGGAAAGCAAGCAGGCGCGUGAUGAAGGAGAUUUCUUCCCUUUCGCGGCUUCCUCCGGGAAGUCGCCUAAUACCCCCAAAGAGCAGGAGCGACCCGGCUUCAAAGGUUCCCGUAGCAUCACCCCCCGUGGGACGCUCUUCACCAACCUCGAUGAGGCGCACCGUAAGAUCACCUCACGACUUCCCUCUAACAAUCCUUAUCGCAAGCCUUCGGGCGGGAGCCAGUCGGCCCAGGACAUCCCCUCUCAAGACCUUUCGACUCCCAUAAGCAUGCCGCCCGACAGUGGAGUUGCAAUGAUGAAACCCAACCAUGGUCUGCAUCAACAUGCCACAGAAAUUGUCCUGCCCCUUCCUUCUCCCCAGAACCCCAACAGAUCAUUGGCGGAUCGUCGAGCUGUGAAGAUCGAAGGUCCAUUGUCCACUCAUGAUGACAAGAACAAGAAUUUUGCUGUAGCUGGUUCUGCAUCCGCUGAAGAUAUUCUGCCUGAUGAUUCAAAUGAAUUCAGUCACCCGGGCACAGAACCCAGCACUGUGGACAAAUUUGUGGUCCAAUAUGCCGUUGGAAGAGGUAGUCGUGGUCGAUCACUCAGCAUAGGGAGCUCCGAGUACCACGGAUACAGCUAUUCCAGCCCGCGCAACUCGCUGCAAUUUGACCCCUACUCUCGUGAUGGUGCAACCACUCGGUUGGGGUUCAAUGAUGAAGAAGAGCGGAACCGCUUCAGCCGAGACCUGGAGCGAGGUCUGCCACAGUGGUGCGAUGAAAGCGAGUAUACCUCAUCUGAGCUGCCGCAAAUUCCUCUGCCGCACCGCCAAUCAGUCGUGGCUGGUGAUGAAACAUUAAUGCAAACAACGAAUGUCGCCGAUGCACAGGGACUGUUGAAUGCAAACCCAGAUAGCAAUGAGAUCCCACCGGCGGUAUAUGAUCUCUUUCCUCAGCCGUUGCGUAUACCGUCAAAGGAUCGGGCGAGCUUUCAGAAAUCCCGACCUCUGGAAGACGUGUUCAGUGAUGCUGAUUCCUCGUCCAUUGGAUAUGAUCCAUCAACCGGGUCCAAUGACGACCCGUUCAGAUAUGAUAGCGCGAGGUACCGGGCAUUCCUUAAGCCUGGUAAGGAGAGAGAUGUGAGCCAAGCCCUGAGACAUGUCAGUGGGGUCGGAACAUAUGGCGAGCAUUUACUCAAGGACAGCAAUGCCAAUGAGCGUGCAAGAAAGGGAAUGAAGAACUCUGCUCGUGAGUCACGAGACUUAUCUGCACCUCCUCUGAGAUCCAGAAAGUGGCUUGAUCAAUCCGAAGGUGGCUUCUUUGAUCAAGACACACUCCCUGCUGAUCAGGCAACGGUGGGGAAAUCUCGUGAAGUCAAAGUGAUCAUCAACCACAACCCGCAGCCAGACAAAGGAAAGGGCAAAGAGAAUCACGAGAAGAAGGAAGACAGCAACUUUGGCCUCACAAUUGAGCGCAACGAACAGACAAGCGCCAGAUUGACCAAAGACGCCACAAACGAUGGCGAUUGGGUGACCGAGGCCACCAGUGAUAUCGGAUAUGACCGUCAAGCUGCACCAGGGAAGCCCUUAAACUAUGAUAUUAAGCCAACGGGGAGCAGCAUUGCUGAUUACUCAGAUAACGAUGAGGAAGCCAUCCGACAAGGCAUCGUGGGCUCCACAGAGCAGAUCCUACAUCACCCUUCCGGCGAAUCCUUGUCUACCACCUACCGCAUUCACAAUGUAAAAGGCAUGCCGCAGCAGGUCAUGCUGCUUCGCACCCAGGUGAAUCGUGUCAACGGAUUUGCGCAGAAUUCAAUGCGCUUCAAGCCGGACGCGGGGAGGCUCAGUGGUCUGUAUGAAACACCAGGCAUGUUUCAAAAGCUAUCGAAAUCCAAGCCAUUCCCAGGAAAGCCCUAUCAACGUGCCGACAGCAGUAGUUACUUUACCAACAAGACGGAUCGCACAAAACCCUCAAAGUAUGAUUUCCGUGAUUCGACAUCGGAGUAUACUGUAUCUGUGAACGAUAAAAAAGUCAAUGGCGAUACCUACGCUGAUAUCCCCUCGACUUCCUUGGCUUCCAUUGAUACCGAAGAAGUUCUGAACGAGAACCCCAGUGGUGAACACAUCGGAGCCCCAUACCAAUACCCUGUGGAUAAGCACAACCAAGUUAAUCAGAAAACUCUUGGGGAUUCUCACCGGAAUGGACUCGAUUUUCCGAGACCGGAUGAAAGCAGCAUCUCCAGACUUGAAGCUCGACAACAGAUGAUGUAUGAGGCCGACGGGAAAAUCAUACCUUUCCCUCCAGACAGCCAGAAUUUUGGGAUCACUUCAAUCGGGUCAAAGUUUAGUUUCCCACUGUUGCCCCUUCGUGAUGCACAGUCGCUUCAUAAACAAAGACGUGAAAGUGGAGAGACUGAUGAGACUGAGUCGGCUGCCAAGCGAAAGAUGCGAGUCUACAGCGAUCAAUCAAGCCAGCCAAAUAUAACUCCCAUAUCACUAUUACCACCAUCUCCAGCUUACCUCAAAGGUAAGUCAGCUGUCCGACGAGGAUCAGAUUUCCGACGAGGGUCAGGCUUUCGAAGAGGGUCAAAUGUCCGACGGGGAUCUCUUUUGUCAACCACAUUCACGCCCCCACAUUGGGUCAAUUCAGUUGAGGAGAUCUCACCACUCUCUGAUCCAUCUCUUCAUGCUACUCCCAGCGCUUCACAGGCAGCAACAGCACUGGCUAGAUAUGGAGGCGGUGAGGACACGCCAGCAGCUAAGCGUGGAUGGUUUGUUCAGAACAAUCCAAGAGUCUCAAAACUACAACGGGACAAGUGCGCACAACAAGAUGACGCCGAGAACAGCCUGGAAAUGAUUGCCCGGCAAGGUGGAGCAUACCGAGAAACUGAUGAGUACAUUUCCAACAGAGUCCGUAAGGCCAGCAAGCGACAUACCAUCUUUUUCUACGGACUCGUGGUGUUGUGUCUCAUUCCAUUCAUCCCGCCAUUUGCCCUGAAGGGCAAAUUUGACAAUACACUUCGCCAUUUUACGAAGGGCCAAGUCAACCGACUGACAUCCGACCAAAGGAAAUUCCUCCAGUGGAUGUGGCUUGUUCAGAUUGUCCUCAUCAUUGUGGCCCUGACCGGAUGCGCUACUUACUUUGGUAAGCCGUGA